AUGGGCCUGCGGCUCCCGAUCCUGCUGCUCCUGCUGUGCUGUGUCUCCGGCCUGCCUUUCUACAACGGCUUCUACUACUCCAACCGUCCCAACGGCCGGAACCUGGCCAAUGGCUACAGCGAAGGCAUCUUCAGUGGAGUGAAGCUGGUGGUAGAGACGCCGGAGGAGACCCUGUUCUCCCACCGAGGUGCCAACGUGACCCUGCCCUGCCGCUACCACUACGAGCCGGCCCUGGCCUCUCCGCGGCCCGUGCGCAUCAAAUGGUGGAAGAUGUCGGAGAAUGGGGUCCCGGAGCAGGACGUGCUGGUGGCCAUUGGGCUGAGACAGCGCACCUUUGGGGACUACCGAGGCCGGGUGCACCUGCGGCAGGACAGAGCGCGGGAAGUGUCGCUGGAGAUCUGGGACCUGCGGCUGGAGGACUAUGGGCGCUACCGCUGUGAGGUCAUCGAUGGGCUGGAGGAUGAGAGCGGCCUGGUAGAGUUGGAGCUUCGGGGUGUGGUCUUUCCUUACCAGCACCCCCAAGGGCGCUACAAGUUCAACUUCCAUGAAGCCCAGCAGGCCUGUGAGGAGCAGGACGCGGUGGUGGCCUCCUUCGAGCAGCUGUUCCGGGCCUGGGAGGAGGGCCUGGACUGGUGCAAUGCAGGCUGGCUGCAGGACGCCUCGGUGCAGUACCCCAUCACGCAGGCCCGGCACCCCUGUGGAGGCCUGGGCCUGGCCCCCGGUGUGCGCAGCUAUGGCCCGCGCCACCGCCGCCUGCACCGCUACGACGUCUUCUGCUUCGCUGUUGCCCUCAGGGGGCAGGUGUACUACCUGGAGCACCCUGAGAAGCUGACGCUGACAGAGGCAAGGGAGGCCUGCCGGGAAGACGGCGCUCAGAUCGCGAAGGUGGGCCAGCUCUUUGCCGCCUGGAAGUUCCGUGGCCUGGACCGCUGCGAUGCUGGCUGGCUGGCAGACGGCAGUGCCCGCUACCCUGUGGCUCACCCACGUUCCAACUGUGGGACACUGGAGCCUGGGGUCCGAAGCUUUGGCUUCCCAGACCCACACAGCCGCAAGUAUGGUGUCUAUUGCUACAGGCCGCGCUAG